GGAGAGAGCUGAGCCGGAGAAUUAUAGUGGCGCCUCAGAUAUGAAUGAUGAUGGAGGCGGAUAACGCGGAGAGCUGGUUUUCUCAGUCAGAAAACGGAACAAUACUAAACUCCUCGAAGCUGGGUUUCCUAAACGCGUCGUCUCCUGUGGGUCUGUGGGGUGACGCUCAGGAUAAAGAGGUGACACGGCUGGAGGAGAUUGUGCACGCGCAGGAAAGAGCCUACAAAGAUUUCACCACCACCAUUCAAGUUUUCAUCCUCAUCGGAUCCCUUUUGGGCAAUACUGCAGUGCUGUGGUGCACGAUCUACACAAAUGUCUUCAAGUCCGUCACAAAUCUCUUCAUCAAGAAUCUGGCGUGUUCUGGCAUUUGUGCUGGUCUUGUGUGUGUGCCGUUUGACAUAGCGCUGAGUGCCAGUCCUCUAUGCUGCCUGUGGGUUCACACACUCCUCCUGUGCAAAGCCAUUAAGUUCCUGCACAGGCUUUUCUGCUCUGCCACUGUGCUCAGUUUCGCCGUCAUUGCCCUGGACAGGUACUACUCAGUGUUGUAUCCUCUUGAGAGAAAGAUAUCAGAUGCCAGAUCCAGAGACCUGGUAAUCUACAUUUGGGUUCAUGCAGUGUUGGCCAGUGUCCCUGUUUUCGCUGUAAGCAAUGUGACAGAUGUCUACGCCACCUCAUCUUGCUCUGACGGACAAUCGCUUGGACAUCUUGUUUACAUGAUUACAUACAGCAUCACCACUCUUAUUCUCCCUCUAGCAGUGGUGUUUCUCGCCAUGGUAUUAAUCCGCCGCGCAUUAAGCACCAGCCAAAAGAAGAAAGUGAUCAUCGCGGCGCUGCGCACCCCUCAGAACAGCAUUUCCAUCCCGUAUGUGUCUCAACGUGAGGCUGAACUUCAUGCAACUCUGUUAUCCAUUGUGCUCGUCUUCACACUCUGCAGCACACCAUAUGCUGCUCUGCUAAUAUACCACGCCAUACUGGGGGCUGCAAAAGCCUCAUCUUGGUUACGUCUGACUGCCAUAUGGCUCCCGAAGGUCUCGCUCCUCACCAACCCACUGUUUCUCCUCACAGUUAACCGAUCUGUGCGACGGUGCCUUCUUGAUAUGCUAGCACGCCUCCAUCGACGCUACAGCAGAAGGAACAUGGUCAGCAUUGGAGGUCUGGCUGAGGUAGGACCACUAGGUGGUGAGACUGUGGUUCGCUCUGGUAGUCAACUCCUGGAGAUGUUCAAUAUCGGCCAACAGCAGAUCUUCAGACCCAACGAGGAUGAAGAAGAUGAGAAUGAGAUUUCCUCAGUGGCGUCUGCCAACUUUCAACCCAAAGAUGAAGGACAAGGUGGAAAUGCAGGGGCGACAGAUAACACACAUCAGCCGCAGCCAGGGGAAGGGGUUAAAGAAGAGGUCUUAGUUUUACCAAAACAUUCCCCUAUUCAGUCAUGUGCCUACUCCUCUUCGCAAGUUGCCCCCGCAACUCCUACGGACCCUGAGGAUGCGACACAAUUUGGUUUUGGGCCGUUUGAGCUGCCCCCUCAAUGGCUGCCUGAAACCAGGAACAGUAAGAAAAGACUCUUGCCUCCAUUAGGUAACACACCAGAGGAGCUCAUCCAGACCAAACAGCCCAGAGUCCGACCUGAGAGACGCAUCAGUAGAAACAAUAAAGUUAGUACCUUUCCUAAUGUGGACCCCUGAAGCACAGUGGACCAAAUCGUAAACCGCCAAGAAGAAGGACUGUCAGUUUUAUAUCUGAAGUAAUUUUAAGAUCAUUUUCUACAUGAGGGCGGAACAAUGA